GUUGAUGAGAGAGGUCAUCGGAGAAUGGACUGGUUCAAGCUGACAAAAAGGCUACGGUAACUCGGAUAACCCCUCUGUACAAUUGUAGUGAGCAGAAUAGCAUCUCAGAAUGCACAACACGUCAAACCUUCAACAGUACAACAGUAGAAGAUCAUGUUGGGUUGCACUUCUAUCAGCCAAGAACAGAAAGCUGAGGCUGCAGUGGGCCUACCAUCUGUGUACCGAGAUUCAUUAGACCAGACUAUGUUUUUCCAUCCUUUAACUGUCCAGUUUUGGUGUACUGUGCCCACUGUGGACUUGAGUAGCUAGUGCAGAAUGAGUACUUUUUUUUUCGGAUCCCUAUCCCCCUCCCAGUCCUCAAACCAACCCCCAACAAACUUUCCCGUGGUCCAAGCCUGAGUAUACACAUAUAAACACUAGAGGUCUACUGAUAUAUCAGAUCUACAGAUUAAUCGGGGCCGAUAGUUGCAUUUUUGAGUUAGUGGAAAAAAUAAACUCUGAUAGUUUCUGAUAGAUAUUUUUGGUUUCAUUCCUCUGUGGCCGGUGCUGGAGGGUUCUAUAGUCUGAUCUCCUUGUUUCUAUAGUGUAAUGCCACACUCUAGAGGUUAAAUAAAAAAACAAUCACUGACUUCGCGUGGAGUUUGUUAGCAACAUGACUAGGCUAUUUAUAGAGACGGGUGCUUUAAAUGCAGGUUUAAAACAUCAACAGAGAAAAGCCAAGAUGGCAAAGGCUUUGAAGAAGCAAAAAGGGGACUUGUUGAUACAUAAUUUGGGGUUCAACCAUAUGUUUGAGGAAACAUUUAGGGUGAGCUCGGAGCGCAGGAAGGAGAAGUCCAGGGAUGCAGCGCGAAAUCGCAGGGGACAGGAGUCUGAGGUGUUUUACGAGUUAGCACAUGAGCUCCCCCUGCCACACAGUGUCACCUCCCACCUGGACAAAGCCUCCAUCAUGAGGUUGACCAUCAGCUACCUGCACAUGAGGAACCUGCUCAGCUCUGAUGACGACGAGAAGGAGAAUGGAUUGGAGUGCCAGUUGAAUAGCUUCUACCUGAAGGCCCUGGAGGGUUUCCUCAUGGUCCUCUCUGAAGAUGGAGACAUGGUUUAUCUCUCUGAGAAUGUCAGCAAGAGCAUGGGCCUCACACAGUUUGAUCUGACCGGUCACAGCCUCUUUGACUUUUCACACCCGUGUGAUCAUGAGGAGUUGAGAGAGAUGCUGGUCCACAGGAUGGGAUCCAAAAAAAACAAGGAAGCGCAAAACACAGAGCGAAGCUUCUUCCUACGUAUGAAGUGCACACUCACUAGCAGAGGGCGCACUGUCAAUACCAAGUCUGCUACAUGGAAGGUACUCCACUGCACAGGCCAUGUCCGUGUGCAGGAGCGCAGCGAGGGUUCUGGAGAUUCUGGCUUUAAAGAGCCCCCUCUGGCCUACGUUGUGCUUAUCUGUGAGCCCAUUCCUCAUCCGUCGAACAUCGAGGUGCCUCUGGACAGCAAGACCUUCCUCAGUCGCCACACUCUGGACAUGAAGUUCUCUUACUGUGAUGAAAGGAUCACAGAGUUAAUGGGACAUGAGCCAGAUGAUCUGCUGAACAAGUCAGUGUAUGAAUACUAUCACGCUCUGGAUUCAGACCAUCUAACCAAGACACAUCACGACUUGUUUGCAAAGGGCCAGGCUACCACAGGCCAGUACCGCAUGCUGGCUAAGAAAGGUGGUUACGUAUGGGUGGAAACUCAGGCCACCGUCAUCUACAACCCCAAGAAUUCCCAGCCACAGUGCAUUGUGUGCGUCAACUAUGUGCUCUGUGACAUUGUGGAGGGGAACAUUGUCCUUUCCCUGCAGCAGACCAUGACAGAGCCCAAGGCUGUGGUGAAAGAGAGCCAGGAGAUGGAAGAUGAGCCCUCUGAGGUGGAUGUGCUCAAACUCUUCAGGCCAGAAGGGCUCAAGCACUGCAAGGAGAGCUCUAGUAGCCUGUAUGAGAAGCUGAAGGAGCAGCCUGAGGCCCUCGCUGGUUUGGCACCUGCAGCAGGAGACACCAUCAUCUCUCUGGACUUCAACAACCCAGAUCCUGACAUGCCGCUGCUGAAGGAGGUGCCCCUCUACAAUGAUGUCAUGUUGCCCUCCAGCAGUGAGAAGCUGCCUUUGACUCUGUCUCCUCUGACCCCCAGCGAGUCCACCCCACCUCUGACCAAACUGGAGACUGGAGCAGAGGACUGCCCUUUCAGCUCGGUCUCACACCGGUUUCCUGACUCCACAAAUACACCUUCUACACCAGGACUUGGCUCCUCUGGGCCCAAUAGUCCAAUGGAUUACUGUUUCCAAGUGGACUCUGACAUCAGUUCUGAAUUUAAACUGGACCUGGUGGAGAAACUGUUUGCUAUUGAUACAGAGGCAAAGACCCCUUUUACCACCCAGGACAUGGAGGAUCUUGAUCUGGAGAUGCUAGCUCCAUACAUCCCAAUGGAUGAUGACUUCCAGCUGCAUAUCCCCUCUCCACUGGAACAGCUCCCCUCUGGCCUUAACUCUGUGUCGACCAUGAACUCCCUGUUCCAUCCUUUACCCACCCCUUUAUCUCCAGCUUCUACUUCCAGCAGUGCAGUGAAGCAGGAGCCAUCCUCACGGGCCCCUUCACCCCUGCACCUUCUGCAGAAGGUGUGCAGCGCCCCGGUCUCACACUUCAGUAGCAGCCGGGAGGCUUCCCCAGCACGUUCCCCCACCCCACAGGGAGGCAAUCAGCUCAAUAACAGAAUGCCUAUGGGGGAUCGAGAGCUGUCUCCAAAGAUGCAAGCCAUUCAGAAUGCCCAACGGAAGAGGAAGCUGGAGGAGGUGACAUCACUUUCUGAAGCUGUUGGACUGAAAGAACAAAGACAAGUUGAAGCGGAAAAAACAUGACCCAAGUUGUCCAGCGCACAGGAGCAUUUAUAAACACUUCAAAGAAGAUCACAAGCAUACAGUUUAAUGAGGACCGGUUGCUGCUUCAUGUAUGUUGAUCGAGGGCGUGCACCAUUUGAUGCGCUUAAGAUUUGUUUUCUCCAGCACAUAACUUACAUUUUAAUGCUAUUUUCUAUGUUUUGUAUUGUAUACAUGUUAUGAAUUUAAUGAGAAAGUGAGUGUGCGCAUCCGCGUCAAACUGAUUGCAAUGGAGAAAGGGAGCGCAAUAAUUUUAUUGAACUGUGCUUCGUGGUUUAGUAACCGUGCAACAUCAUACCACGAUUGCAGAUUCAAUUUAAUCAAUUAUGCAGCUCUCAUGGAUAUCACAUUGAUGUCUCAGAGGUCAAAGUGUGCCAGUUUUGUUGACUUCUCAUCAUGCGAGGGCAUGUAAUAUAAUGAUUACCGGGAUGAGACUUUUCAGCGCGAGAGUAAAUCUGCACUGCGUUUACAGAUGAUUGUACUGUAUUAAACUUAGGGCUGGGUAUUGAUACAGAUUUCCCAAUUCAAUUCUAUUCCGAUUCACAAGCUCUUCAUUUGGUUCGAUUCCGAUUCAGUUCAAUUCAAUAUCGAUUCAUAUGGGUUUAUAUGAAUACGGCUAUAAUGACCUUUUUGCUUACAUUUAAAAUAAAUAAUCUCCCAGCUAAUGCUGUUAAAGCAAAUAUAACAAUAUUCAUUUAAAAUACUUAAAAUGAAUGUAAUCAGUGACAGUGUACAAUCAUAUGUAUCUAACAUAAUUAUGUAUUUUUUAGCUGGGCAGAAUUAUUCAUAUUUCUAUUUUGGUGUCACCAUUGCCCUCUGCUGGGCUGAUAUUUUUGUCCCACUCCAUCCCUGAUGAAUCAUUUUACUCUUUAAUGAACAGCACUUUUUAAGUUUUACAAGUAAUGAAAGGAACUGUUUUGCUUAAGUCCUGAAACAAUAAUCAAUUUAAACAACUUUUAAUUAACCAGGCUUUGUUCAAAAUUUUGUGAGAAUAGAACUGUGAAUUUGGUACUGCAGAUAGAACCAAAUCCUUGUGCCCUUUAUCAUUUGUUUCUUUUUUUUUCUUUUCUUUUUUUUUUAUCACAUUUGAAUAAAAUACUGGAAAUAACAUUGUUUUUUAUCCAAUUAAUAGAAGAAAUAAUCAAAGAUUAAUCGGUUAUCAAAAUAAUCGUUAGUUGCAGCCCUAAACCCAAGUGAUGCUAGAUUAUUAGAAUUCUUAGAGAUCUAUUAUCUAUUACAGAUGUUACAC